CAUCUCACACAGCGCCAAGCGGCAGACCAGAGUGAGAUCUAUCUGCCAAUCUCCCCCGGCUGGUGUAGACCACACCAGACUCUGGAGCAGAAGUGCAGAUUAGAGCGAAAGGGAAAGAGUAGCCUACUAUUGAGGUUUAGCGCUGCCUGCGCUGUCGGAAGGCAUAUGCCCGGGACCGAGUGAAGGAUGUUGUUAAGCCGCUCAGAGGUGGUGGAGUGUGGGUAGUUCGCUCCAGAGGUUCGGGGACAAUAUCGCGUAAAAGCGGUCCUUCGGUACCCAACUGUUCCAGGUUUCUCCUCUUGUGGACUUUGCCGAUGACUGUUUUUUUUCAACAUGUUAAGAGAGCGUUAUUUUAAUCGUUGAAAGACAACUGUUGGACAUAGUUUUGGUGACUGCAAACUACAACCAAGAUACAUUGUUGGAACGGUGCAGGUUGCCGGCGGAUUUUAUUUUGCGUCUCCAGAAUGGGAUCUUCCUCAGCAGACAUUAGAAACUCGCCGUUCUUAGACAAUUGACUGUGAACUGGAAUAAUAUGCUAGAAGAGGAGAUAUCGCUACUAAAUAUUUUUUUUGUUGUUGAACAUUUUAUUUCAUAAAGUAGAAGGUUGUUUUUUUGUUGUUGCAAGUUUUGAACGAAGAAAUGUGCGCAUAUAAAACUUGGAAUAUGAUAAUGAAACAGAGGCACUGGUAUUGAGAGUGAUUUCUAUUUUAUACAGUUUGUGACCUUAACGAGAAAAUAAGGAGCAAACACGCCUGUGCAAAUAGCCUACACGGGAACGAACAAGGACACUACCUGCGUGCGUCUUCAGACGGCUUCUCCGCUCCCUUUGGUUUUUGACGCUACAGUAAAGUUGGAAAAGGCGAAUAAAACACGUAUUCGGUGAGUGUGUUCACGUGAAGUUCUCACAACACAAUUCUCAAUUGAACCUAGGAAAAUAGUUAAUAUCUGUCUGAAAGUGUAUCGUCUCCUAGAGAUUUUUUUCUCUUCUUAAAUCAUUCGGAGACGGUUGGGAAAGCAAACACACGCUCAGACGGCCGAUGUCAUGUGGGAUUGAUAGUAGAGGAGUAUGUUUGGGCUGGAUCAGUUUGGUUCUCAGAUUAAUAGCAGAAACCCUGGCCAGUCAGAAAGAAACAUAAACCAACCAAGACUGAACAUGAGCUCCCAUUAUAAAAGCCCCGGCUUUCAUUCCGGUGGCCCGACGGGAGCCGUGGAGCCGGGCAUGGGCCCGCUGAACGAGCCCCCGAUGCUGGGGCUCAACAUGAACAUGAACGGGGAGCAGUACGGAGGGUUUCACCCGCGGGGACACUCGGACAUGCAUGCGAGCGGCGGACUUCAACAACAGCCGCAACAGCAACAGGGACCCAUGCAUGGAUUUUUUAACAACCAGCAACCUCAUCAAGGCCACCCUCACGGCCAUCAGCCUCACCCCCACCAACACCACCCUCACUUCGGCGGGGGCUUUGGAGGCCCAGACCCAGGCUCAUCCUGCCUGCAUGGCGGCAGGCUAAUGGGCUACAACAACAGUGGCAUGGGACCCCAGCAGGGAUUUGGAGAGGGCUUUGACCCCCUAUCUGAAGGCCAGGCAGGGGACGGUUUCUCCCAGCAGCAGCAGAGAUCUGGAAACAUGCCCGACUUCCAGCAUCACGGCCCCCCUAGUGGCAAUCACGCAGUCCCUGCUCCCUGCCUCCCCCUGGACCAGUCUCCAAACCGGGCAGCAUCCUUUCACGGCCUGCCCUCCUCUUCCUCCUCCUCCUCCGAGUCCCACGGCCUGGAGCCUCGUCGGAUGCCCAACCAGGGAGCCGUGGAGGGUAUUGAGUAUAACUUCCCCGGCGAGCCCCCGUCAGGGCACUUUGACGUUCCUGUGUUCUCCCCCUCAGAAUCUGAUUCUCAGUUGCCCCAUUUCGGGGCAGGAAGGCAGGUGGCUGGCGGGAGUUUCCCUGGCAACCCCGCCAUGCCUCGGACCCCGGGGAUGCAGGGCAUCACCAAAGGGCACCAACAGCCCCCCUCUCAACCCCCGCAGCCCCCGCCCGCCCCCCAGCACGGGGUGUUUUUCGAGCGGUUCGGUAACGGCCGUAAGGUGCCUGUGGGGAUGGAGGGCCCGGGGGUGAACUCCAGACAUCCCCUCAUGCAGCAGCAACAACAGGCUGGAUUGAUAGCCCGGCAGAACUGCCCCCCUGGCCUCCCCCGGCCCCCCCAGCCUGAACCGGGGUCCUCCAACCCCAACAUGCUGGAUGGUGGGGUCAUGAUGCCAGGCCAACACAACCAGUUUGAAUAUCCCAUUCACAGACUGGAGAAUAGGACCCUGCACCCCUACGGAGAGCCCAUGUUUAAUAUGCAACAGCCGGCGCCCCCUCCUCCCUCCCAGCAGCCCCCCAACCAGAGGCUGCAACACUUUGACUCUCCCUACAUGAACAUGGCUAAAAGGCCCAGGUUCGAGUUCCCCAAUGCGCACGGCGGGGAGGGGUGUGGAACAUGGGGGGGGGGCAUGCACACCCCACAGGGCAUGGAGAACCACCUGUCCCCAUCCUCCUACCCGGGCCUGCCCGGGGAGUUCACCCCGCCCGUGUCCGACGGGUUCCCCCCGGGCCCCCUCCAGCACGCCGGGCCGGAGCAGCAGUCCCUGCAGCAGAGGCAGAACGCCGCCAUGAUGAUCAAGCAGAUGGCGUCUCGGAACCAGCAGCAGAGGAUGCGCCAGCCCAGCCUGCAGCAGCUGGGUCACCACGGCGACGUCCCCCAGGGCCCCAUGGUGCACGGGGGCCCGGUGGGGAGCAUGCCCCAGCCCGGAUUCGACCGGGAGAACGGAGGUCGGAUGCCCGGCUUCGAGGGGCACAUCCCCCACGUCACUCAGGAGCACGCCUGGUUCCCCGGGUCCCACCCUCCGGGAGAGAUGAUGGCGCGGCGCAUGGGGGGAACCGGCGGUGAGGCCGGGGCCCACGACAUGGGCCUGCCGCAGAACGGAGCCGGCAUGAUGUUCAGACCGGGCAUCAACGGGAUGGGCAUGCAGGAGCCCAUGAGGAUGCCGGGCGAAGGCCACGGACAGGCCCUCCACUCGCCCGGCAUGCACUCUCAGUUUGGGGGAAACAUGGGCAACCUAUCCCAGAUGCAGUCCCCCGGAGCCGGGGUAGGGCACCCCAACGCCCCCGCUGACCGGAGGCCGGCCGACUUCCCCGCACCCCCUAUGGGAGCGCAACCAACGUUUCCCUAUGGGGGGGGCACCCGUCAGGGGCCUCCACACAACGCUCCCCAGGGUGUGAACACCUCACCAGGGAGCUACCCUCCGCAGUCUGAGUUCCCCCCGGGCCAGCGUUCCUCUGUCAGCAAACUUGGGGCCCUUUCCCUUGGGAACUUCAGCAAAACCAGCACUAAAGACAAUGUGUUCGGGCAGAGCUGUCUUGCUGCUCUCUCCACAGCCUGCCAGAACAUGAUCGCUAGCCUAGGGGCCCCUAACCUCAACGUAACGUUCAACAAGAAGAACCAAAACGAGGGCAAGCGAAAACUGAGUCAGAACGAGCAGGACAUUAAUAGCAGCACAGCCAAUGGGACUGGCAGUGCUGCAGCGCCUGAGUAUUUUCAGAGCGGCACUUCCCAGAACAGCCAGAUGCCUGGCACCGGGAAUAGCAGCAUUAAGCCUGCAGGUCAAACCCAGACGUCGCAGGGGGAAGCCAGUGCCCUCUCCCCAAAUUACAACAUGGACGCUACCCCAUGCAGUGAGGGGAAAGCAACAACAGGGAGCGGGAGAGGGAGAGGGAGGAGGAAGAGGGAGAGUGGGCAUGUGAGCCCUGGGAUUUUUUUUUCCUCUGACAACGGCAACCCUGUUGUAAGUCCAGGCCAGCAGACACCAUCAGCUGGCGUUGGGGAGAGGGGUGGGGGGACGCCCCACGAGAAACCCCUCCCGUCCCCGUCAUGGGGAAAGGGAGGCGACCUGAUGCUGGGGGACCAGCCAGACCUCAUGUCCUCUCUGGACAGCGGCAUCCAGAGCGUCACCAAAUCGGACGGGAGCUCACCGCGCGUCGACUUCCCCGACGACGUCAGCGCCCACUACAGCAACGAGGACGAGGUGUCCUCCAGCUCGGACGCCGGCGGAGGCCUGGCCUCCAAGCCCAGCCGCGGCAUGCUGGCAACCAGCUCUCCCAAGCUGCAGAGGGGCGAGCACUGCCUGAUGAACGGACAGAAGCCCAUGGGCAUGGGCCUCACCAAUCACACUACCUCGACGCCAGAAGGCUACGGACUGAACGGAGGUGGGGGCGUGGGGGCCAACGGAGGGGGUCACCCAGGCACUCCCGGGAUGGAGCAGGUACGCACCCCCUCCAGCACCUCUGGCCAGGACGAGAUCCACCCUCUGGAGAUCCUGCAGGCCCAGAUCCAGCUGCAGCGCCAGCAGUUCAGCAUCUCGGAGGACCAGCCUGUGGCCGUGAAGAACGGCGGCAAAAAAAACGGAGACUGUCCUUCGCAGAAUGGAGACAAUGAGCUGGCGAGCUGCAGCCCGGACGCUGGGAAGAACUCAAUGGGCACUAUUGACCUUGACACACUGAUGGCGGAGCAGCACGCCACCUGGUACGUACCCAGCGACAAGGCCAUGAUGGAUGGGGCCGAAGAUGACAAGGCCAUGGCACCCUGGGAAAGAACAAAGGGCCAGAGCAACGGCAAAGAAGAGUCGGACCUGUCCCAGAGCAAGCCUGGAGGUGUAGGUGCCGCCCCGGGGACCGGCGGGGGGUCCGGGGGAGGGGGGAGCCACCUGCAGUGCCUGUCUGUCCACUGCACAGACGAGCUGGGGGACACCAAGGGGGGCCGAGGGGGGCCAGUGUCGUCGUGGCGAUCCCUCCACUCCGACAUCUCCAACCGCUUCGGAACCUUCGUGGCGGCACUCACCUGAGCAGAGAGGGAGGGAGGGAGAGAGAGGGAGGGAGGGAGU